AUGCAGUCUCUGGCUCCCGAUUCGGGAUCCAGUUUCAGAGAGCGAGAGAUUGGGGAGCGCCGGCAGCCGGCAGGCGCGGGGGAAGGGGAGGGGGCCUGCGUGCGCCGGCGGGUGCGCUCCAGGGGGCGUCCCGGUGAGGCCCGGAGCGGGCCGGGGGCGGCGGCGACUGGAGGAGCCCCCCCCACCUCCGGUCGGGCGCCCGGCUCGGCCGCCGGCGACGCGAGGCACUCGCGGGGAUUUGCAACUCGCCGGAUCGAGUCCUUGCCGGCGGGGCCGCUGCUGCUGGGGAAGCCGUGCGCCACGCUGGUGCAGGGAAAGUUCUUCGGCUACUUCUCAGCGGCCGCUGUGUUCCCGGCCAACGCCUCGCGCUGUUCCUGGACGCUGCGCAACCCGGAUCCGCGGCGCUACACUCUCUACAUGAAGGUGGCCAAGGCGCCCGUGCCCUGCAGCGGCCCCGGCCGCGUCCGCACCUACCAGUUCGACUCCUUCCUCGAGUCCACGCGCACCUACCUGGGCGUGGAGAGCUUCGACGAGGUGCUGCGGCUCUGCGACCCCUCCGCACCCCUGGCCUUCCUGCAGGCCAGCAAGCAGUUCCUGCAGAUGCGGCGCCAGCAGCCGCCCCAGGACGACGAACUCGGGCCCCGGGUUGGGCCGCCGGGCCCCAGCGACGACUUCUCCGUGGAGUACCUAGUGGUGGGGAACCGCAACCCCAGCCGUGCCGCCUGUCAGAUGCUGUGCCGCUGGCUGGACGCGUGUCUGGCCGGUAGCCGCAGCUCGCACCCCUGCGGGAUCAUGCAGACCCCCUGUGCAUGCCUGGGCGGCGAGGCGGGCGGUCCUGCCGCUGGCCCCCUGGCCCCCCGCGGGGAUGUCUGCUUGAGAGAUGCGGUGGCUGGUGGCCCUGAAAACUGCCUCACCAGCCUGACCCAGGACCGGGGCGGGCACGGCGCCACAGGCGGCUGGAAGCUGUGGUCCCUGUGGGGCGAAUGCACGCGGGACUGCGGGGGAGGCCUCCAGACGCGGACGCGCACCUGCCUGCCCGCGCCGGGAGUGGAGGGCGGUGGCUGCGAGGGGGUGCUGGAGGAGGGUCGCCAGUGCAACCGCGAGGCCUGCGGCCCCGCUGGGCGCACCAGCUCCCGGAGCCAGUCCCUGCGGUCCACAGAUGCCCGGCGGCGUGAGGAGCUGGGGGACGAGCUGCAGCAGUUUGGGUUCCCAGCCCCCCAGACCGGUGACCCAGCAGCCGAGGAGUGGUCCCCGUGGAGCGUGUGCUCCAGCACCUGCGGCGAGGGCUGGCAGACCCGCACGCGCUUCUGCGUGUCCUCCUCCUACAGCACGCAGUGCAGUGGACCCCUGCGCGAGCAGCGGCUGUGCAACAACUCCGCCGUGUGCCCAGUGCAUGGUGCCUGGGACGAGUGGUCACCCUGGAGCCUCUGCUCCAGCACCUGUGGCCGUGGCUUUCGGGAUCGCACGCGCACCUGCAGGCCCCCCCAGUUUGGAGGCAACCCCUGUGAGGGCCCUGAGAAGCAAACCAAGUUUUGCAACAUUGCCCUGUGCCCUGGUAGCUGCUCCCAGGGCCGACAGCAGCGCACGCGUGAAUGCAACGGGCCUUCCUAUGGGGGCGCCGAGUGCCAGGGCCACUGGGUUGAGACCCGAGACUGCUUCCUGCAGCAGUGCCCAGUGGAUGGCAAGUGGCAGGCCUGGGCGUCAUGGGGCAGUUGCAGCGUCACGUGUGGGGCUGGCAGCCAGCGACGGGAGCGUGUCUGCUCCGGGCCCUUCUUCGGGGGAGCAGUCUGCCAGGGCCCCCAGGAUGAGUACCGGCAGUGCGGCACCCAGCGGUGUCCUGAGCCCCAUGAGAUCUGUGAUGAGGACAACUUUGGUGCUGUGAUCUGGAAGGAGACCCCAGCGGGAGAGGUGGCUGCCGUCAGGUGUCCUCGCAACGCCACAGGACUCAUCCUGAGACGGUGUGAGCUGGACGAGGAAGGCAUCGCCUACUGGGAGCCCCCCACCUACAUCCGCUGUGUUUCCAUUGACUACAGAAACAUCCAGAUGAUGACCCGGGAGCACCUGGCCAAGGCUCAGCGAGGGCUGCCGGGGGAGGGGGUCUCAGAGGUCAUCCAGACACUGGUGGAGAUCUCUCAGGACGGGACCAGCUACAGCGGGGACCUGCUGUCCACCAUCGAUGUCCUGAGGAACAUGACAGAGAUUUUCCGAAGGGCGUACUACAGCCCCACCCCUGGGGACGUACAGAACUUUGUCCAGAUCCUUAGCAACCUGCUGGCAGAGGAGAAUCGGGACAAGUGGGAGGAGGCCCAACUGGCGGGCCCCAAUGCCAAGGAGCUGUUCCGGCUGGUGGAGGACUUUGUGGACGUCAUCGGCUUCCGUAUGAAGGACCUGAGGGAUGCAUACCAGGUGACAGACAACCUGGUCCUCAGCAUCCAUAAGCUCCCAGCCAGCGGAGCCACUGACAUCAGCUUCCCCAUGAAGGGCUGGCGGGCCACGGGUGACUGGGCCAAGGUGCCGGAGGACAGGGUCACUGUGUCUAAGAGUGUCUUCUCCACGGGGCUGGCAGAGGCCGAGGAAGCGUCUGUGUUUGUGGUGGGCACCGUGCUCUACCGGAACCUGGGCAGCUUCCUGGCCCUGCAGAGGAACACCACCGUCCUGAAUUCCAAGGUGAUCUCCGUGACUGUUAAGCCCCCGCCUCGCUCCCUGCGCACACCCUUGGAGAUUGAGUUUGCCCACAUGUAUAAUGUGAGUGCCACCCGCGCGCACACUGACGCCUGCGGAAACGCACGACAUGGGGACAAGGUUGUGGCCCUGCACUCGGGCUGA